AUGGAUAUUUUACAAGUUCGCUUCGAUCUGGCGUAUUAUUGCCUGUUUUUCGUAAUUGGUGUUUUGACUCAUCUCUUCAUUUUCCGCCGAGGCGAAUGGAACCUCUAUGUUUUCAAUAUCUUGCAAGCCUUUGCUGUCCUCGAAAGCAGCUUGAUAUACAUUGUUGCUCGAACCGUCGAAGAUGAAGAUUACACUUUAUGGAAAGUCAUCGCCAUAUCGUCUUGUUUCACACUAUCAACCUUGAUGGGAUUGUCAAUUAGUAUGCUCAUCUACCGCGGCUGUUUCCACCGAUUGAGUAAAUUUCCAGGCCCUUUUUGGGCCAGGCUGUCCAACCUGUAUAUUACGUUUCGGGCCUUCAAGAACUUUCGUCUUUUUGAAGAGGUGCAGCAGUUGCAUAGAAAAUAUGGGGAUAUUGUUCGGAUUGGGCCUAGCGAACUAUCUAUCAUAGACCCGCACGCCUUGCAAGCUCUCCAUUCAAACAGCUCCCCGUGUACUAAAGGCCCUUGGUACAGCAUCGAACACCCUAUCAAAGCUCUGCAGAUGACCAGAGACAAGGAGGAGCAUGCCUAUCGGCGUAAGGCAUGGGAUUUGGCGUUCAGUUCUAAAGCACUUCGGGAGUAUGAAGCACGAGUGGCUGGGUACACCACCCAACUCUUUGAGCAGGUAGAAGCAUCCCAGGGCACCCCGAUCGACGCAUCUCUAUGGUUUAACUUUUAUAGCUUUGAUGUUAUGGGUGACUUGGCCUUUGGGAGAACUCUUGAUAUGCUCAAGAACGGAACAGCACAUCCAUUUAUGGAACUGGUCCAUUCCAACAUGCUUAUGGCUGGUUCUCUGAGUCAUUUGACCUGGGUCUUCCCACUUCUUAAACGCAUUCCGUUCUUGAAUCAGAAGAACCUCGAGUUCCAGGGAUGGCUCAAGCAACAGGUCGACUGGAGACAGAAGAAUAAGCCGGAUUUGCCGGAUGUAUUUUCAUGGAUCCUCUCCGACUACGACGCUCUCAACAAGCCGACUGCUCAGGAUACUAUCAACUUACGCGGUGAUGCUCAGCUUAUCGCUGUAGCGGGCAGCGAUACUACUGCGGCAUCACUAACCUGUCUGUUCUUCGAGCUAGCUAGUAAUCCGCAAAUUUGCCUUACUCUCCAAAGAGAACUCGAUCAGUAUUACGCAGAACAUGACAAACCAGACCAUUCAAGUCUUUCAAAGCUCAGGUAUCUGCAGGCUUGUAUCAACGAAUCAAUGCGACUCUAUCCGGCUAUCCCGUCGGGCUUGCAGCGAAUGACUCCGCCCAAGGGUCUAGAUAUCGGCGACACGCAUCUUCCAGGCGAUACUAUAGUCACAAUUCCAACUUACACGUUUAAUCGAGAUGAAAAGCUCUUUACGCAUGCCGACAAGUUUAUUCCGGAACGCUGGACUACAGAAAAGGAGCUCACUAAAGAUCCUUCUCUUUUUGUUCCAUUCUCAAUUGGACAAUACUCUUGUGUUGGAAAGUAG